AUGCCGGAGCCCGGGCCGGACGCCCCCGGCACCGCUAGCGCGCAGCCCCCGCCGCCGCCGCCGCCCCCGCCUCCCGCGCCCAAGGAGUCCCCAUUCUCCAUCAAGAACCUGCUCAACGGAGACCACCACCGGCCGCCCCCUAAGCCGCAGCCGCCCCCACGGACGCUCUUCGCUCCGGCCUCGGCCGCCGCCGCCGCCGCCGCCGCCGCCGCCGCUGCCGCUGCGGCCAAGGGGGCCCUGGAGGGCGCCGCGGGCUUCGCGCUCUCGCAGGUGGGCGACCUGGCUUUCCCCCGCUUUGAGAUCCCGGCGCAGAGGUUUGCCCUGCCCGCGCACUACCUGGAGCGCUCCCCGGCCUGGUGGUACCCCUACACCCUGACCCCCGCCGGCGGCCACCUCCCACGACCUGAAGCCUCGGAGAAGGCCCUGCUACGAGACUCCUCCCCGGCCUCGGGCACCGACCGCGACUCCCCGGAGCCGCUGCUUAAAGCCGACCCGGACCACAAGGAGCUGGACUCCAAGAGCCCGGACGAGAUCAUUCUGGAGGAGAGCGACUCGGAGGAAGGCAAGAAGGAGGGCGAGGCGGCGCCGGGCGCGGCCGGGGCGAGCGUGGGAGCGGCGGCGGCGACGCCGGGCGCCGAGGACUGGAAGAAGGGCGCGGACAGCCCGGAGAAGAAGCCCGCGUGCCGCAAGAAGAAGACGCGCACGGUCUUCUCGCGCAGCCAGGUCUUCCAGCUCGAGUCCACCUUCGACAUGAAGCGCUACCUGAGCAGCUCGGAGCGCGCCGGCCUGGCCGCGUCGCUGCACCUCACCGAGACGCAGGUCAAGAUCUGGUUCCAGAACCGCCGCAACAAGUGGAAGCGGCAGCUGGCAGCCGAGCUGGAGGCGGCCAACCUGAGCCACGCCGCGGCGCAGCGCAUCGUACGGGUGCCCAUCCUCUAUCACGAGAACUCGGCGGCCGAGGGCGCGGCGGCCGCGGCCGCGGGGGCCCCGGUGCCAGUCAGCCAGCCGCUGCUCACCUUCCCGCACCCCGUGUAUUACUCUCACCCGGUGGUCUCGUCCGUGCCGCUGCUCCGGCCCGUCUGA